AUGAGGGACAACCUGGUAUUCACCGGCAUCCCGGAGCAACCCACAGAAGACGCAGAGAAACUAGUCAAAGAUUUCAUCACAACACAACUCAAACUCCCAGCUGCUACAGUUAACGCCAUCACAUUUCACCGCGUGCACCGUAUGGGACCAAAAAACACCAAACCGGACAAUAAACGACCCAAGCCAAUCGUGGCCAAAUUUGAGCAUUACAAACAAAAACAACAGAUCAUUCAUUACGACAGUGACACAAAGAAAUUGGUCCCCAAACAAGAGUGGAUGAACAAACUCACAGAGGAGGACCCUAGAAGUUUGAAUCCUUUAAAGGAUUAUCUGAAGCUCUAUGGCUGUGAAUGGGACAAUGAGACUAGUGAAAUCAGAGGAUAUGAGCAACACUCUUUUGAUGGAGAAGAUUUUAUUUCAUUGGAUUUUGACCCUGAAACUUUUGUCGCUCCAAAACAACAGGCUUUUAUCACCAAACUGAUAUGGGAGAGGGAUGGAGAGGCUGUCAGAGUGAAACACUACAUCAUUCAUGAAUGUGCUGAGUAUCUGAAGAAAUAUGUGCACCACGGAGAGAGCGCUCUGAACAGGAUAGAGCUCCCCCUGGUGUCCCUGCUGCAGAAGUCCUCCUCAGCCCCAGUCACGUGUCACGCCACAGGCUUCUACCCCGACAGAGCCAUGCUGUUCUGGACCAAAGACGGAGAUGAGCUGCUGGAGGACGUGGAACUUGGAGAGAUCCUGCCCGACAGAGAUGGGACCUUCCAGACUAGUGUGUCCCUGGACCUGUCCUCUGUACCCCCUGAGGACUGGGACAGGUACCACUGUGCGUUCCAGUUGUCCGGGGACAAAAAUAAGUAUCUGACCAGACUGGACCGUUGCAUGAUCAGGAACAAUGAAGAACUGCACAGCUCUCAUCUCUCCUGUGUCGGCUGCUCUCGCUGUUGUUCUCACUGCUGCUGUCCUUGCUGUGGUCACCUUCAUCUUGUACAGGAGAUGUAAAG